GGGCCGCCCCCGGGCUGCGCGCUGCUGGGCCGGCACCCGGCGCCCGCCGUGCCUGCAGCGGGGGUGCCCGCCGGGCCCGCCGCCGACGCCGCUGCCUUUCUUCCAGGGGGUACGACGGGCGGGCGGACCUGCACGUGGGGGUGACCAGCACUCACGGUACGGAGCGCCUGCAGGCCCCGCGGCUCGGCCCGGUCCCGCUGCCCGGCCCGGGAACCCGCGGGAGCAGCGGGACCGGCCCCGCCGCCGCCAGCUGAGGCCGGAGCGGAGCCGCCGGGUGCCUAGUGCUCCCCGCGCAGGGAAGUAAAAAGCUUUACAGAUACGCAGGAAAUCUCCACUUACGUUUUUUGCUAAUUCUAAAACUCCCCCUAAUUAAACAAAAUUUUAAAAAGCCUCCUAAAAAAACCUCCAAAAACAUACCAGGCUCUCCUAGAGUAAGCCCACCCUGCAAAAAUCACACUUUAUGUGUUCGUUUACUGUGAAGCUGGUCUAACUGGGGGGGGGUGUGUGUGUUAGAAAAGCUGCCUGGUUGUCCUUGCUUUCAUCAUCAAAAGCCACCCGAGCUUGCCCUGCAGAAGCAGAGCAGGUGUUUGAUGAAAGGACCGCAUUUUUCUACCUGUAGCCACUGAAAGGAAGUGACUACAGCCAGCCUAAGAAAUGCCAGCGUGGUGUAUAAUUACGACGAUGAGGGCAUUCACAGAGCUGAAACUGGAUGGGAACAGUGCAUCAGCAUCCCACUGGUACAGCCAGACAUGUUUGGGCUUCUUCAGCAGUGGGAUAAGCUCCUAGAGGAAUUUUCUGAGGGAGAGACCUGGCUUCCUCACAGGUAUGAAGAACACAACCACAACUGCUACACAUACGCACUGGCAUUCAUUAACAGCAUACUGACUGCACAAGGAAAACGGCAAAUGAGUAAAAGUGAAUUUACAGAGAAAUUUGUGAUCCCACAGACAAAGAAAGCUGCUAAAUACAUAACUCUGCAUCAGGAGCUAACAGCUAAUGAUUUCUACAUUGUACCCCUUCCUGAUCAAGAAAAGCAGUGCUGAAAAUAACAAGCUGCUAUAUUAAACAUCUACAACAGGCAACAGGAAGUCUUAAGACUCCAGAUCUCAGGGUUUAAGAUGCACAAUCUACUUAAUGUAUUCAAAAAACACAAUUAACUUUACAUGUUAAGCUGCACAUCAUGGAGGAAUCGGGAAACUGAAUUUGUGCAUUAGAAUGAAAUUACAUACAGUGUACACACCACAGAAAAUUUGUUUCUCAGUACUAUUUGUAUGGAAAAACGUUUUCCUAUUUACAUUCACUCUAUGUUCUGUUCUGCCAAGACCAGGAAUCGUAACUGCAAUGUAAUUAAGGGUUUUAACAAGUGAACUGUGGUAACUUAAGCUGUAAUGCACCAAAAUGUUUUUUUUUCCUGUCACAUUUGUUUACUGAUGAGUGAAAAAAAAAAGGGGGGGGGGGGGAAUUUGUGCUUGCAUGCUGCUGAAAUCCAAAGUCUGACUUAACGCACAUUCACUACAUGUAAAGUUAUUUUCUUUUACUUUAAUUACUAAUAAAUAUAACAAUAAAUCAA